AUGUAUCACACCGCAUCUGUAUUAACAAAUGGAAAAGUACUAGUUGCCGGAGGAUUGGGUUCUGGUUAUCCCGAAGUUGCUAACUUAUAUGAUCCAUCAACCGGACAUUGGAUACGUGCUGGUGUCAUGAAUGAUCCCCGUAUAUGGCAUACUGCAUCUGUGUUGAUGAAUGGAGAAGUGUUAGUUGCCGGAGGAUAUGAGGAUCCUAUCCUACAUAGUGCUGAGAUGUAUAAUCAAUCAACAGGCCUUUGGACAUCGACAGGUAUUAUGAAGGAUGCACGAGACUGGCACACAGCAUCGAUGCUAUUAAAUGGAAAAAUCUUAGUGACAGGUGGAUAUAGUGGCCAUAAUAUGACAAGUCUGAAUAGUUCCGAGUUGUAUGAUCCAUCAACAGAACACUGGACUACUACUGAUCGUAUGAACCAUGGACGAUUGUAUCACACAGCAUCUGUCUUAACCGAUGGUAAUGUGCUGGUGACUGGUGGACUUCUUAAUAAAAUCUUUCUCAAUAGUGCUGAGCUUUAUGAUCCAGCAGUAGAAACGUCAGCAACUAUCGAUAAAAUGAAUAAGGCACAGAGCCAUGACUAA